UAGCCAGGCGGCUGAAAUGUGAGAGGUCACAAUGGGAGGAUAAAUAGUGGCCCAGGCAAGCCAGGAGGUUGUCGCAAACUUCAGUUGGAUCUUCUCCCCUCUCUUCUCCCAGCUCUCCUACAACCCUCCAAGGUAAACGAAUCUAAUCAUAUCUUAAUAAGACAAAAUUAUGUAUUUUUUUAUUUUUAUCUAGGAUAGCAAAUGUUAUUGAGGCUCUGGGUGAUUGUACAUUAUAUUUUAAUAUAUUGCUUAUGCAGUAUGAGUGUGAUAUAGAAUUGAAAGAGCACUGCAAACAUCGUCUGCUGGCAUUACAAAACUUCUAUUAGACUGCAAGUGCAAAUGCCAGAGUAGAAUUUUCAGAAGCGUUGUUGUUAUAAUACAAUCAAUGGUGCAUCAAUGCUAAUAAAAUUAUUACGCAUGCAUUAGACACAUCUCUAUCCUCAAAACAUUCAUACAAGAUUCAUCUCUUAAAUGCUCACUCAAGUGAGCAUACCAUAAUGUUGCUUUGCUACAUUAGGUAUCAUUGCUUAAUUGCUUUACGCUAGCCUCCUUAGACCAAAAAAGUGGAGACAACUUGACCCACUUAUAGCUUUUACUCACGCUGUACACUUUUAACUCAGCCUAUAGUGUACUUAUUAACUGUACUGUACUACAAAUACUCCACAGAAUGAAUUCUCUAUACAGCUCUAUCAAAUAAAAUAAAAGUUUAUUGGUCUUAGUUCUGACACCACCACACUGAGUUAGCAACUGAACGGGGCUGCACACAUGCACACACAGUACUUUUUACAUAACCACUUACAUAUGUUUCAAUGUUUAUAUUUAGUUUGACCUUUUUGAUUGAGUUGUUCUGUAACAAGACAGGGGUUGGAUAAAGGAGGUAAAGUGUGAGUGGUGGAGGGGAGGGGAGAGGAGGUGGAUCAUCCAAGGGAAAGGUCAGGGUUAAGAGAGACUAGAAAAUCUAAAAGGUCAUUCACAUGCCUGUCAUGGCUGUGGGGACACCUGCUGCAAUAGAUACCAGAGCUUAACAACGACAGUCACACAGCACUCUCAAAUGGACAGACAGACAGACAACCACAGCUACAUAAAACACUCAAACAGACCUACAGACAGACAACGACAGUCAUAUUGCUCUCUCAAACAGACAGACAGAAUAUGGGCAUGUUAAGCUUACAUAUUACAAAAAAGGAAGAUAGACAGACACACUGACAAAAAGAGGAACAUUCGAAAAGACACACAGACAAUCACCCAAAUGGACGGUCUUCACUAGUUACCACAGCCACAAAAUCAGAAGGCACGCCUACUCGACCAAUCAGAUGAGGGAGUGUGAUGACACAUAUGCCGACUGGCUUGCAGGGGCAGACGAGAGACAUGCAUUUAUUUUAUCUAUUGAUCCAUCAAUGGCUUGGUUAUUUAUUAGAUAUAGUAAAACCAACCGUUAUAAAUGCAAAAUGUUAAUCGGAUGUCUUAUUCAAACUCAGCUUUCAAGCUUAGCAUGAUGUUUGCCCUUAAUCAUAGUUGCUUGUCUUAACCCAAAAUAGGUUUACUCAAAAAUAUGUAUUGGUUUUAAAAUGGCGUAUAGACACACAAAUUCGCACAUCUUGAGCUUAGAUUUUUUUUCUUCAAAAUCCACAAGUAAAACGUAGACAGUUUCACAGAAAUGUUUACGGAUUUUUAAAAAAAUAGAAAUUGGCAGAUUUUUUUCGAUGAUUUAAGAUUAAAACUUCAACCCUGUUACUUUAUUUGGCACCUAGUCAAUUACUAUAGUCAUUUAUUUAUUUAACUUAACAUAGCCUUGCAGUCCACCUUUUUGGUAUUUGGUGAGUUUCCAUCUCUGUACAAAGGCAUCAAAUCAAAUCAAAAUGUAUUUGCCACAUGUGCCGAAUACAACAGUGAAAUGCUUACUUACAAGUCCUUAACCAACAACGCAGUUUUAAGAAAAAUAAGUGUUAAGUAAAGAAAUAGAUAAGUAAAAAUACAAAAAAAAUAGAUAAUUAAAGAGCAGCAGUAAAAUAAAAUAACAGUAGGGAGGCUAUAUACAGUGGGUACCGGUACAGAGUCAAUGUACGGGGGCACAUGGUCUUCAGGCUAUGGAAGAUGCAUCAAUGAAUGUAGGCCUACUCAAUGGCAAUCACUGAAUGUCAUUAGGCACAGUUUCUGGUGUUUUGUAACAUCUGAUUGUCAAACAAAUCACUUAAAAAAGUAGGCUACCUGUGCAUGUUUGGUCCACUCCAAAAUAAUUCCAGCAUCCAAACUGCAUGUAUAGGCCUACUCGUGACAUUUGAUGAAUGGAAAUAGCCAUCUGUUACGAAACACCAAAAACUGUGCCUAAUGACAUUCAGUGAUUGCCAUUGAGUAGGCCUACAUUCAUUGAUGCAUCCUGCUGACAAAUUGACCUUUUAGUAGCCUGAAAUGGGGAUGAAACUGUCCCGGGAAAAACAGGACUGAAACUGUCCCGGGAAAAACUGGAUGGUCACCCUAACACACAGGGUCAACUUACUAGACUAGGCUACAAUGUGUAUUACCAUGAACUUUCAAAUUGGCCUACCAAUAGUGGGUGUAGGCCUAGUGUUAAAAAAAAAAAUAGGUGGGUAAAGUCUGAUUUCCAUUCGUGGUGAAAAAUUGUAAUGCUCCCUAUACUUUCAAUGCAUUUUUUUAGAAAGGUGGGUAACAUUUACAUUUACAUUUUAGUCAUUUAGCAGACGCUCUUAUCCAGAGCGACUUCCAGUUAGUGAGUGCAUAAAUGUUUCAUACUGUAGAAUAAGAACUCACAUCAGCUCUAUUCAUGGCAUUUCUAUCCACUAGGCCUAUAUCACUGCCAGUAGCCUACCCUCUCAGCCGAGGCAAUUUUAAACACAUGAACACAUGCAGAAUAUCUAGCCUAUAUUCAAUAUAAUACAUGAGUUGAAUCAAAACAUGUUUUGCACCCUAGUUCAUGAGUUGUCCAUAAUUCAUGAAUUAAUGCUUGGAGUUUUCACAGAUCGUGUAAUAUAAAACCUUACCUUUCUUUCCUUACAUUAAUGACAUUUAUGACAGUGUUAUUUGUAAUUAUUAAGCAUUUAACAAUUGAAUUUGAACAUUGAACUUAAACCCUGUACAAAUCAUGGAUCUAGGAAAUCUUGGAAAAUGCACUGUAAAUGUAACUAUGCCUAUGUAACAUUUUAUUAUGUUUCGCCGUGAAAACAGUUCUCAUGGGCACAAAAAUCCAAAAUAAUGUAGGCCUACGAAAUUGCAAAAUCAAGUGCCUCCAAACAAAAAAGUAAACUAUAGGCCUACUGACAUUAAGGUAUACUUGUUGGAUGGAUUGGAUGUGCAUUGGUGUCUAGCUGUAGGUUAGUUGUCUAGUGAUAUUGUCGACCAUCAUCAGCUGAUCCAGGAAAGAAAACAAACAUUGAUAGAAAAUAAUAAAGCUAACUAAAUGGUCUACUACUUCUGGCCACGGACGGCACGGAGAACACCAGUAGGCCUGCCCGCAUACACCUGAAAAACAAAGCAAUGAGCGCUCUAAACAGCUGACUGACAAAAGCAAACAAUGAUAAAUAAACGGAUAAAUCUAAUGCAUUGGAGUAAAGGCUAUUUUGUUUAUCAAGGACACAUGGUAAACAAAUGGCGAAAAUGAGGAAGUACAAUGGCAAAUCUAUGCGUAAAGGAGCUCAGCCGAGGCCAAAAUUCAACACUACUGGAUAGACAGUUCUGCCACAUAGAAAUAAAUGGUUUAAACCAAAACAGAGAGGUGGGGGUGUUCGUUUCAUUGGAAUAUUUUAUUGUCAUAUUUACCACUGCAUUUGAAACAAAUACGAGAAUGGUUAAAUUAGCAUUAUUUAGAGACCCUCCCUGAAGUAUGACUUUUGCUGCAUUUAGGGGAGCUGUCUCACAAGUUGCAAUUUCGAAAUUUGUUUGUGCAUCAGCAGUUUUUUUCUUGUUAUGUCAGUCACUGACAGUCACUCAAUUAGCCAUGUCAGCAAAAAAUAUAUAUUAUUGGUAAAUUAAUCUAGCCAGCUAUCUAAACUUGUAGUAAUCAUGGGCGAAUAUCGACUGGGCACGCAGGACACGUUCCCAGGGGCCCUGACAUCCAAGGGGCUCCCAUUGAUUUUGUCAGUCACUCUCAAUCAGAUAUCAUAUUAAAUAAUUAUUAUUAUUAACAUGGCAAAAUGUGUAGAUUGCAGGAAAUUAGCUUUAAAACUGUAAAGAUGUCUCUCCACGCCAUGGCAAAAUGUGUAGAAUUGCAUGACAUUUUGUCAAAUGUCAAAUGCUGCGAGGUGUGGGGGCCGCCGACCAAAUAUCUACCACUUAUCUGUGUCUGUAUGCACUUUUAUGUAUCUCAAUCACUCUCUCUCUCCUCAGAACACCUCAUGUUAACCAGUGUCUCCCCCCUUUUCUCUUCCUUUAGUCAAGAUGCCUCACGCAUUCCCCUUCCUCACUCCUGACCAGAAGAAGGAGCUUAGUGACAUCGCUCUCAAGAUCGUCGCCAAGGGCAAGGGAAUCCUCGCAGCUGAUGAGUCUACUGGUACGCAGAGCAAACACUGGUUGGACACACAAUGUACACACAGACCCACACCUAUGGAAUGAAAAGGCACACAUGCAAAGACAUAUUCAUAAUCAGAGCAACAACAUUGUCACAAGGGGUUUGUUUUUUCACCUUAUUAUAACUUCUCCAAAACAUUCCAUUAGAACCACAAGUAAAAAUAAAAAUAAACAUUUUGCAUUCAAAAAAAAGACCUGGAGCAAUUUGAGGAUGAAAUAAAAAAUCAAAUCAAAUUUUAUUGGUAACAUACACAUUAUUCAUUUUUUUGCAGAUGUUAUUGCGGGUGUAGCGAAAUGCUUGUGUUCCUAGCUCCAACAGUGCAGUAGUUUCUAACAAUUCACAACAAUACACAAAAAAAUCUACAAGUAAAAGAAUGGAAUUAAGAAAUAUAUUAAUAUUAGGACGAGCAAUGUCGGAGUGGCAUUGACUAAAAUACAGUAGAAUAGAAUACAGUAUAUAUAUAUAUAUAUAUGAGAAGAGUAAAGCAGUAUGUAAACAUUAUUAAAGUGACUAGUGUUCAAUUAUUAAAGUGGCCAGUGAUUCCAUGUCUAUGUACAUAGGGCAGCAACCUCUAAGGUGCAGGGUUGAGUAACCGGGUGGUAGCCGGCUAGUGAUGGCUAUUUAACAGUCUGAUGGCCUUGAAAUAGAAGCUGUUUUUCAGUCUCUCUGUCCCAGCUUUGAUGCACCUGUACUGACCUUGCCUUCUGGAUGAUAGCAGGGUUAACAGGCCGUGGCUAGGGUGGUUGAUGUCCUUGAUGAUCUGUGACAUCGGGUGCUGUAGGUGUCCUGGAGGGCAGGCAGUGUGCUCCCAGUGAUGCUUUGGGCAAACCAAAUAGAGCAAACCAAAUAGAGUAAAUCUGUAAAACGACUAUAAUAAACUAAUGGCCAGAUUCUCACCAAAUUCACUAAACAGGUGCCUCACAAACCCAACAACAAACAAGGCCUACCUUGGUUCAAUGACACUCUAUGGCAACUUAUGAAGAAGAGAGAUGCUGCUCUGAAACAGUCUCUAAAAUCUGUCCUAGAUGUUGACCGACUAGUCUAUAAAGGACUGAGAAACAAAGUGACAAUGAGCCUCAGGAAAGCCAAAGCCAAUUUAUUUCUCAAUAUCAUUAAUGAGGCAAAAAUGGAACAGCAAGGUCAUAUGGAAAAAUAUUAACAAACUCACUGGGAAGGGUCAUGCCAAGUCUGGUGAACUACAACUGAAAGUCAAUGGAAAGCUUCAAGACAACAGCUAAGUCAUUGCAACCACCUUUAAUGACUAUUUUAUUGACUCAGUCCAAGAGCUGGGCCAAAAGUUUAACCCAAGAGUCCUAUCCAUGAUCCCCAGCAGCGAUAGCCAUACCAGUUGUUAUUUGGAGUCCACUAGUGAGGAAAAGGUCAAGAAAGUCCUCUCCUCACUUUCAAACUCUAAAGCAAAGGAUGUGUAUGGUCUUGAUACUGUAUUUUAAAAAAAUGACAGAGACAGCCUAGCCACCCCAUUUACCCAGAUAAUCAACUUAUCAAUGCAAGAAAGUUCAUUCCCAAAGGCAUGGAAGACUGCCAUCGUGACCCAUGUACAUAAAUCUGGAGACCAGCAGGAAGUGAGCAACUACAGGCCUAUCAGUAUACUCCCUGUCAUCUCUAAGGUUGCUGAAAACGUUGUACUGGAACAGCUCACAGCACACCUGAACACAAGGACUGUCUCCCUUCACCCAAUCAGUUUGGGUUUAGGGUGAACCACUCAACAGAGACAGCAUAUUUCUAUCUCCUAGAGACGAUCAAGGCCAAGCUGGAUACAGGGGGCGUGGUAGGGGCGGUCUUCCUCGACAUGCGGAAGGUGUUUGACACCGUCAAGCAUAAUGUCCUUCUCUCCAAACUCUCCUGGUUCAACCUCUCGCAAAGUGCUCUUCACUGGAUGGAGUCCUACCUAGCCGACUGGGUCCAGUGUGUCCGGAUAAACGAUGUCCUGUCACCACUAAGGAGGUGCACCAUGGGAGUGCCCCAUGGGUCCAUCCUUGGGUCCCUGUUAUUCAGUCUAUACAUCAAUGACCUUCCUUUUGUGUACCAGGGAGUGGAGAUGUAUGCCGACGACACCGUCACACCCAUGGAGUGCUGAGCAAUGGCUUCCAAGUUAUCAUCUGUUAUUUCUUAAGAGUCUAUUGAGUCUAUUGACGCACAUGAUGGUGAUGUCUGUGUUGCUCUCCAACCCCCACAAGUGUCACGGGACUCGUCUGAAGGUAACCCAUUCAAAUGAAUGGAAGAUGGAGAUAGUUUUGUGCCAACAAAAAUAAGGGGUUAAAUAUGUGUCCAAAAAAACAAUAAUAUUACCUGAUCUUUCUUAUAUCUCCUAGAUAUAGGACAGACACUUCAAAACCUUAUUCCUUAUCAUUCAUUUUGUGACUGUCUUUUUUGCCAUUUAUGAAUGUGUUAUUCAUUGCGUUUCUAUGGGCUACAGUAGUAAAGGACAAAUUCAAUACUUUAUCAAAUAAUGUUUUUAUAUUUGUUUUUAUAACUAAAGGGGUCCUAAAAUUCUAAAUCAAAUAGCUAAAUGAUCCAUGGUACAGAUGGAAAGUAGCUAUUAGCUAAAUAUGGUGCGACACAUAAUUUCUCAGUGCUCUGAGGCCUAUGUUUUGUUGUGCAUUGUCCCUGCCAAAUAAACUUAAUAAAAUAAAAACAAUACCACAUUUCAACUUUAAAUGCUACUUCCAAUAAGCCACCAUUCCAUAGUUCAGUUCAAGUUAAUUUCAUUUCAUUCACAUGGCUAAGGACAAUUGAACUACUAAAUUGUGCAAAUUCGGAAUUCAGUUUAACCACAGAGAUAUAGCAUAAUGCUCUAUUUCAUUCUGUGAAUCUAAUCCUCACUCCCUCUCUCACUUUCCCCCCAACAGGCAGCGUUGCCAAGCGCUUCCAGAGCAUCAACGCUGAGAACACAGAGGAGAACAGGAGGCUGUACCGCCAGCUCCUCUUCACCGCCGACGAGCGCGCCGGUCCUUGCAUUGGUGGCGUCAUCUUCUUCCACGAAACCCUGUACCAGAAGACCGAUGCCGGCAAGACCUUCCCCGAGCACGUCAAGUCCAGAGGCUGGGUUGUAGGCAUCAAGGUUGACAAAGGUGUCGUCCCCCUUGCCGGAACCAACGGAGAGACCACCACCCAGGGUAAAGAGGAAGAAUAGAAAAUCUAUGGGAUUCACAACUAAUAUAAAUACAUACAAUCAAUCAAUACAACAUACAAUCAAUCACAUUUGUUUAUAAAGUCACAAUAUGCUUGAAUAGUAUUCCAACCUAGAUACAAUACACACAUACAAUACAAUACCCUCACAUAAUACCCUCCUAUACUCAUCUCUUUUUUCUGUCCCUGCCUCAAUCCCUUUCUCCCUCAGGUUUGGAUGGCCUGUAUGAGCGUUGCGCCCAGUAUAAGAAGGACGGUUGCGACUUCGCCAAGUGGCGUUGUGUGCUGAAGAUCACCUCCACCACCCCCUCCCGCCUGGCCAUCAUGGAGAAUUGCAAUGUCCUGGCCCGUUAUGCCAGCAUCUGCCAGAUGGUAAGAAUCACAUAGAAAAUACCCUUUCUCAAGGUCUCAGUGGUCUUGUUAGUUCAUUAGCUCAAGUAGUCAAAACAGUGUCAACAAUGGCAAGUUUGUGGGUUCAAUUCCCAUAUGGGCCACAAGUUACCUUCGAAUCAUUGACUCUCUGUAUACGUGUGGGUUACACUAUAUUAACAUUCAUGAAAUAAGCCAUUAUAAAUGUAUUAAAUGCUUAUAAAUUCUUCAGAAAUUAUUACAAAUAUUAUAAAUGCAUACCUAAAAGUGUUAUUAAAAGUGUAUAAAGUAGUACCAGACCAGGCAACACUUUAGUUUUUUGAAAGAUAUGAACGCUACAGUAUGUUCUGUCAUGAGUAAGGUAUAGCAGAUUUUCUGGUGUGUGUCCGGGCUCACUUGGUGACUCAGUGGGUAGCGCUAUCAGUGAGAUAUUAAGAUCAAUGAAUAGAGCUAUGUGUUUCCAAAUGCUCAGUUAAACAUGAGACUAGUAAAUAACAGUCCCUUCUGAUCUCUUCACAACCAUAGUUCAGGGACAUCAGUUUAGCCAGGACUGCUCACUGUUAUGUGUCCAGUAAUCCUAGGAAAACAACACACACAUAUCACAAAUCACACAUUGGAAAAUCACAAUAUCUUAAAACACCGUUUUUCUCUGUUAGUUUUUAUUGAAAAGAUAGCUGUAGAGGGAUAGACAGGAACGAUGGGAGAAGAGCCACCAUUAAAGUCUCACUGUUCUGACUGUUAACUGUCAUGAUCAAGAACAUGCUCUGUUGGCUAAAAGUGUAUUUUAGUACUCAUGACCUCUGCCCUCUUCUAGCACGGCAUUGUCCCCAUUGUUGAGCCCGAGAUCCUCCCCGACGGUGACCAUGACCUGAAGCGCACCCAGUACGUGACUGAGAAGGUCCUGGCCGCAAUGUACAAGGCUCUGUCCGACCAUCACGUCUACCUGGAGGGUACCCUCCUGAAGCCCAACAUGGUCACCGCCGGACACUCCUGCUCACACAAGUACACCCACCAGGACAUCGCCAUGGCCACCAUCACCGCCCUGCGCCGCACCGUGCCCCCAGCAGUCCCCGGUGAGCGGCCAACAACACACUGAAAACAGCCCAAUAUACAGUAAAGCACGAUACACUUAUACAUUUCUAAACUUCCAGCUUCAUCCACUCACACUCAAUGUUAUCACACGUUUUCACAAACACAAACUCACCCUCCAUGACUAUGGCACUUACACAUAGUGUGUAGUUACAUUAUUACAUACAGUAUUUUAUUAUAUAUUUCACAUACAGUUCUAGACACACACCAAUUUGUUGAUGUAUCUUCUUUAAGUAGAUAAAAUAGAAAGUAGUAAAAAGUAGUAAAAAGUAGUAAAAUAACCCCUCUUCUUCCCCGCUUCACCCACAGGCAUCACCUUCCUGUCCGGUGGCCAGUCUGAGGAGGAAGCCUCCAUCAACCUGAAUGUCAUGAACCAGUGCCCCCUGCACAGGCCAUGGGCCAUUACUUUCUCCUAUGGCCGUGCCCUCCAGGCAUCCGCCCUGAAGGCAUGGGGUGGCAAGCCCGCGAAUGGCAAGGCUGCCCAGGAGGAGUUCAUCAAGAGAGCUCUGGUACAAAUAACCAAAUAUAUUUUUUCAAUUUAUUUUCAUAUAUUUCACAUAUAUUACAUAUGUGAUUGUCAUAUAUUUUGCUUAUAUUUCAUAUGUGAUUAUUAAUGGCUGUAUAGAAGCCACAUCCCACUGGGCACAGACGUCAAAUCAAUGUCUAUUUCAUGUUGGUUCAACGUAAUUGAAAUGACGUGGAAACAACAUUGAUUCAACCAGUGUGUGCCCAGUGGGAUAUUUAUAGUAUGGAUGUAUAGGAAGCCACAGUAUAUUCCGCACUUAGAAAAUAUCAGCAGAAAACAAGUUUAUAUUGUUCUUAUAUUGCGUUUCUUUCCUUCCACAGGCCAACAGCCUGGCCUGCCAAGGCAAGUAUGUUUCUUCCGGAGACAGCGCCGCUGCUGGAGAAUCACUGUUCGUGGCCAACCACGCUUAUUAAGCAUGGACACUCAUCAGCAUCCCUCUCCUAACCCUCCCCCCACCUUCCCGUCUCCUCCACUCCCCUCCCCCACCAUGGGGAGUGCCAUGUCAUUUCUGGCACCUCCUAAGAAGCCGUCUCUACUUGACCCUCUGCGACACCACUCGUUCGGUACCUCGAUUCGGAAAAAAGAAACGCAAACCUUUCUUUGGACUCUUGCUUCAGAGAGAAGAUUCAAUUAAAGUCCUGCCUCCAUUCCCUCUCCCUUUUACAGCUUUUUUUUUUAAGGUAAAAUGAUUCCCAUCGUCAUGUUUUUACAUAACAUGUAACAUUAUUCCUUGGUCUGUAACACCUAACUCUGUGUAAUGUUUGUACUGGAGCCUUGGAAUAAAGUAUUUUAUCCACAAA